UCAUAAAUUAAAAAUAAAAAUAAAAUACCUAAUAAAAAUACAAAUGUACAUUUAGCUCAACCAAAUACCCAUUUCUCAUUAUCAUCAUCCUAAAUGCUGAAGUGAAUAAUAUGGUUGUUAAGUCUCCUUGUGGUGUUUGUUAUAAAACUGUAACAUGCAAUCAAAAAGCUAUAAAAUGUGACUCUUGCAAUAAGUGGAUACACACUAGGUGUAAUAAUGUUGAUAGUAAAUGCUACAACUCUUUGAUGACUGAAACUGGCUAUUGGUACUGUCUUAAUUGCUUGGAAAACACUCUACCAUACUCUUCUCUAACAGAUAAGGAUUUUAAGGUCACUAUAAAUGGUGCAAAUACUUUUACUCAUAAUUUGUUUAAUGACACUUCUUCUAACCUAAAAAAUCUCUUUCAAAAUAAACUUGACAAUGACAAUAUUAAUUGUAAAUACUAUGAUACUACAGAGUAUAACAAAGCUAUUAGUAUUAAUUCACAAACCUAUUUACAUGUAAAUAUAUCAUCCCUGGCAUAUUACCUUGAGGAUCUAAAACUUCUGCUUUCCCUUAUGAAUAAUAAACCCAAUAUCAUUGCUAUAUCUGAAACUCGCUUAAAUCACGACAAAAUACUUAGAACUGAUAUAAAUUUAAAUGACUAUGUCUUUGAACGUACUGAUACUCAUUCUAAUAAAGGAGGAACUAUUAUAUAUAUAAGAUCUGAAUUAAAUUAUAUCUUAAGACCUGACCUCAAAAUUCAAAAAAAAAAAGAACUAGAAUCAACCUUUAUUGAAGUCUUACUGCCAUCAGAAAAAAAUAUUAUUGUAGGUUGCAUUUAUCGCCACCCUUGUAUGAACACUAGUGAGUUCUUUAUCACUUAUAUACAAACCCUACUUGACAUGUUAUCACUAGAGAAUAAAAAUAUAAUUCUUUUAGGAGACUUCAACAUUAAUCUUUUAAAAUAUGAAUCUUGUAAUGAUGCUUCUAACUUUCUAGAUCUGAUGUACUCUUCCUCCCUCUUCCCAUUAAUUACUCAACCAACCAGAAUUACUCCAAAAUCAAAGACACUCAUAGAUAAUAUAUUUGUAAACUUUCACACACCAAAUACUAAAUCAGGCAAUCUAACAGUUUCGCUUGCUGACCAUCUUAUUCAGUUCAUAUCCUUUCCAUGCAAGAACUUAAAACAGUCUCUUCCCAAAGUAUAUCGUAGAUGUUUUAAAAAUUUUAAUGAAAAAAAGUUUCUUAAAAACUUAAAAGAAACUGAUUGGCUCUCAAUAAACCAACAAGGGAACUAUUGUGUUAAUAACUUUACCUCUAAGUUUUUGGAUACACUUAGAAGAUUACUUGAUAAUCAUGCCCCUUUCAAAAUGUCUACCAAAAAAGCUAAUAAAUCUUUAUCGAAGCCAUGGAUUACCAAAGGAAUCAUUACGUCAAUACAAAUUAAAAAUAAGUUGCACAAGAAGUUCAUUAAAUGUAAAAAUGAGAAUUUAAAGCUACAAUACUUCCAAAAAUUCAAAUAUUAUAGAAAUCAAAUUAGUAACCUACUGCAAUAACCUUAGGAACACCUGGAAAGGAAUAAGGAGUAUUAUUUCUACUAAAUCAAAGAACAACAAUAACAUAGAUAGUUUAAAUAUCAAUAAUAAAACUAUAACUAACAAGGAAAUAAUUACAAACACAUUUAAUGAUUACUUCUCAUCAAUUGCAAAUAAUCUUGCUAAAGAAAUUAUACUUCCUAGAUUUCACUUCAGCCACUAUCUAAAAAACCAAAAUCCUGAUUCUUUUUUUAUAUCCCCAGUUACUUCUCAAGAAAUAAAUGACUAUAUCUCACUCAUGAAUCCGAAAAAAAGCACUGGACCCAAUAGCAUUCCUUCAAAAAUAAUGACCUUAGCAUCUCAAGAAUUGAGUCUCCCCUUGAGUAUUUUAAUAAAUCAAUCUUUCCAAUCAGGGAUAUUUCCUGACUUAUUCAAAAUUGCAGAAAUUGUUCCAAUUUUUAAAAGCGGCUGUAAACAAGAUCCUUGUAACUAUCGGCCUAUAUCCUUACUCUCAAAUGUAGGUAAACUAAUUGAAAAGCUUAUGUAUAACAGGCUACUAAGUUUUUUAAAUCUAUCAGAUAGCUUAUAUAGUUUGCAAUUUGGAUUCCGAAAGAAACACUCCACUAACCAAGCACUCAUAGAUAUAACUGAAACCAUACGUGAGGCUUUAGAUCAUAAACAGUUUGCUGGUGGAGUGUUUGUUGAUUUGCAAAAAGCAUUUGAUACUGUCGACCAUGAAAUCCUAUUAUCAAAGCUGUAUCAUUAUGGUGUAAGGGGAAUUGCUCUGAAAUGGUUUAAGUCAUAUCUAAAUCGUCGUCCUCAAAGUGUUACUAUUGGUAAUAUCUCAUCCACUACUAAGUUUACGUAUAUAGGGGUUCCUCAGGGUUCAACUCUGGGUCCCCUUCUUUUCCUUAUCUACAUAAAUGAUUUAAAUACUUGUAUUAAGUACUCGAAAGUGUAUCAUUUUGCUGAUGACACUAACCUUCUAAUUGUAGAUAAGUCUUUAAAAAAACUAAAUAAGUACCUAAAUUAUGACUUGGCAUCACUGGUCCAAUGGUUACGAUCAAACAAAAUAUCUCUGAAUGUCAAAAAAACUGAAUUAGUCCUAUUUAAACCUCGAGGCAAAAAAAUUAUCAAAAAACUUAAUUUUAGAAUUAGUGGUCAAAAACUAAAUAUUGUAGAUAAAAUAAAAUAUCUAGGCAUAUUGUUAGAUGAAAAUCUCUUGUUCAUUCAACAAAUUAAAUCCAUAGCAAACAAACUAAGUCGAGCAAAUGGAAUGCUUACCAAAAUAAGGCAUUUUGUGAAUUAUGAAACCCUUGUGAAUAUUUGGCAUGCUAUUUUUAACUCCCAUCUACGCUAUGGUUGUCAGAUAUGGGGACAAACUUCAUCCAUGUAUAAAAAAAACCUUAUAAAUCUCCAAAAUAAAUCAUUAAGAAUAAUUCACUUUCAACCUAACAGUUUUAGUUCUGACCCACUAUAUAAUCUUUCUAAAAUUUUAAAGCUUGAUGAACUUAUCUACUUAUCAAACUGUGUACUUGUAUGGGACAUUGUCCACAAUAAUAUGCCCAGCUGCUUCACUAGCUAUUUUAAAUUUACAAAUGAUAUUCAUAGUUAUAAUCUUAGGUCUGUAUCUUAUUGUAGUCUCUCUAAGCCUUUAAAACUAACACAUAAGUAUGGCAUAAAAUCAAUCAAGUAUCAAUCAAUUCACUGUUGGAACUCUCUUCCUGUUGAAACUAAAAUAGUAUUAUCCAAAAUGACAAAUAGAAAUGCCUUCAUAACCCAUGUAAAAAAGUUUCUCCUCAAUAAAGAUAAUCAAUGAACUAUCAUUUAUGCUAUCACCCCCUAGUCAUUCUUUGUGGCUGAAUUUUUAAUAAAAUAAAAGUAUAAAA